CUCUUGAGAGCUGAGCGUGCGUAUUUCAGGACAGCAAGUUUCUCGGAGUGAGUGACAGCAGCAACAGGACAAGGGGAGGUGGCAGAGGUGAGCAGAGAGUCUUCUUUCCCAAGCAUGGCAAAUAAACACUGGUCUCUUCUAAGCAGCACUAGGGGCGGAGGCUAAAACUACAGAUAAGCAAUGCAAGGAUAAUACGGAACGCAAACUACAAAUCAGAUGCAAACUGAUUCUCUGUCUCCGUCUCCUAACACUGUGUCGCCAGUGCCUUUAAAUAACCCCACAAGUGCCCCAAGAUUUGGAACAGUCAUUCCUAAUCGCAUCUUUGUUGGAGGAAUCGAUUUUAAGACUAAUGAGAAUGACCUAAGGAAGUUUUUUUCCCAGUAUGGCUGCGUCAAAGAAGUAAAAAUAGUAAAUGACAGAGCUGGAGUAUCAAAGGGGUAUGGUUUCAUCACAUUUGAAACUCAGGAAGACGCUCAGAAAAUACUACAAGAGGCUGAAAAACUAAAUUAUAAGGAUAAAAAACUGAAUAUUGGUCCAGCAAUAAGAAAACAACAAGUAGGGAUUCCUCGAUCCAGUAUAAUGCCAGCGGCUGGAACAAUGUACUUGACUACUUCAACUGGAUAUCCAUACACAUAUCAUAAUGGUGUAGCUUAUUUUCAUACUCCCGAAGUUGCUUCUGUUCCACAGCCAUGGCCUUCACGUUCUAUUUCUAGUUCUCCUGUGAUGGUAGCUCAGCCUGUUUAUCAACAACCUACAUAUCAUUAUCAGGCUCCUGCACAGUGUCUUCCAGGACAAUGGCAGUGGAGUAUUCCACAGUCUCCUGCCUCUCCCACCUCGUUCUUUUAUCUACAUCCUUCUGAAAUUACUUACCAGCCCCUGGAGAUUGCCCAGGAUGGUGGAUGUGUCGCUCCUCCUCUUUCCCUAAUGGAAGCUGCAGUUCCAGAGCCAUAUUCUGAUCAUGGAGUUCAAGCAUAUCACCAAGUUUAUGCUCAAAGUGCCAUAGCCAUGUCAGCCCCUGUGAUGCAGCCUGAGUCUGUUAAAGAAGCCAGGAUACAUUCUGUAAGAAGAAAUUUUUCUCAUCCUUCUUCUAUGAGUUUAAAGCCUCGUUACGCACGAAGUCCUCACUUUCACCCUAGAAAAGAUUACAGAUCAGAUGACACAGUGCUCACAACUCCUUCCUCUACAGACACUGUUAAAUAGCACCAUAGUUAUACUUAAUAGCUAAUAUGAAGGUGUGUAAUUUUGUAGCUCCUAAUGUAUACUGAAUACUGCUAAGUCAAAAUGUCCUUGCUUUUUGUAAGGUGUUUAAAGACCUUGCACUUGUAAACAUAAAUCGUUUACUCUUAGUAAACAUAAAUUGCAGGAUAAAAUCAUGGUUACCUUUAUCAAUUGGUAUUCUUAUAUGGUGACAGACUUGUAAUUGAGAAAUAUGCAGGCUAUACAUGUGCUGUUUAUUAUGCCAUUUAAAACUAGCGUAUUUGUUUUGCAAACCAAACUUAAAAUUCAUUUUCAUCUGAUAGGUUACAAGAAUGACUACAAUAUUAAAAAACAUUUUUGCUUGAUGGAAAACGCAUGCUAUGUUGAAAUCCGAAUAUUUUAUUUAACAUUUAGCAUAUUUUUGGGUUUUUUUAAUAAUUUGGUGCAAAUACUGUUUUACAUAUUGCAACUGAAAUAAAAUCAAUCUUUUUUUUAGUUUAUAAAAAUUAAAAGUAGUUCCAUCUGCUUAUGUCCACAUAUUUUGUUCUGAUUUUUGUGACUGAUACUGUUCUGAAGGAUAUAAAAUACUACACACAUUUUUGAUACUAUUUUGGAUGUGCAAAAAUACAAGCUUUGCAUUAAUAACAUAAUCUUUGAAAACUUUCAUUAAGCCUUUGUCUUCUCCCUGUGCAGGAUCAAAAUGAAUCACUGCCUGUAUCAUGUCCUGAGGAGGAAUACAAUUAUCCUCUUCACUACAAGGAUUAGAAUUGUUUAUUCCCUGCUUUUGUUUUACAAGCUUUUUGCUGUAGUCUUUCAAUUUAUACUUAUUCUGGCAUAAUAAAUAUGCCUGCUGUAUUCAAUUAGAAUUGAAGCCUUUUUAUCAAAGGUGAAGUCCAAUUGUUUUAUUUUUUUUAAAAAGUCAGGUAAGGAUUUCAUAGAGUCAGUAAUACAACGUCAGCAAGGUAGCAUUUAAAUAAAUCUUUUAAGAACUACUGAUACUGUCCUUUAACAGCAAACUGGAAAUAAACAUUAAAUAAAUACAACCUUAUUACUUGCUUUGCCCACAGUGUACCUACCAUUACACGUGGCUGGAGUUAGGAUAAAUUCAGACUUUUACUAAAAAAUUAUUUAUUUUUCUAGUAACAUGUUCACUCUUGAGUCUUUAAAUAGGUUUGCGCCUUUAUAGAACGUAAAAAGAUCAUAUGCAAAAGUAAUUUAUACGUUUUGUAAAAAUGUUUGCGAUAACCCAGCAACUAUCAGAUUUAAGUAGUUUUUAUGUCAAGUAUAAAGAACUUGAAUGGUUGGGGGUUAUCUGUUUAAUGUUACUGUUUUUAUAUUUGCAGAGGUUUUAAAAUAUAUCUGUAUAAAUGUGUUCACAUCUAUUGAAACUGCUUUAUAACUGUGAAAGAAUUUGCUCAGUUGUAUAUAUCCUUGUAAACAAUAUAAAAGUAGCCAAGAAAAGGCCAUGUGUUCUGUUACUAUGGCAUUAUUUCUAAGUAUAUCAUGAAACCAUUGUAUAUAGCUUAUUUCAUCCAAGCAAUCAGGAUCAGUUUUGAAUCUUUUGCUUGGGUUCCCAUUUUUACUUCGUGUAUUAGACUAAAAAAAGCAUAGUUUUCUGAAAAUAUUUCAAAAUUGAGAUGUCCAAAGAAUGUCUGGCAUUUAGAACUGCAAUUUAGAAAACAAUGUCAUUCAUACUUGAAAUCCUUUGUUCUUACUGCUUGCGUUACGGAGUUAUUGAUAUUUAUAUCAGGUUAAAUAAUACCCAAGACUUUCCAUUUUAGUUAAUUCAUUUAAGAGAGCAAUAUAAACAUCAGGAUUAGAUUUUUUUUAGUCCCUGUUUGGCCAAGAGUAACUUAAUACACACAAAUAUAGUAAUAGAAAGAAAUGUCUUAUGCACAAACAGGUCCCUCCCUCAUACCUAAUUCUAAGGGGUUAUAACAGAAGUAAGAAAGCUGUCUUCUACCCUUUGUAUCUGUGGUCUGUUAUCAAUCCUUUUGAAAUGCAUGGAUUUUUUUUAAUGCAACAUUACAUUAUAGAAUUUGGGCUAAUACCUGGUCAACCAUAUUAUCUUGAAGGCUAGUUGAAUGUAAUAUAUUCCUUCCCCCUUAUUAUGUUUCUCCAUAGAAAAAAAUAGCUCCUGAGUCUAGUGUACUUAUUAAUUCACCUCAUUUAUAUAUUGAGGGUUAGCAAGCAAACAUUAACAACACCGCUCUGUGUUACAAUCCUGAUUUUAAAACUUUUAUUUGGGAUACAUGAGAGAAUCAUAUUUGCCAUAGAUUUAGAGAUUGAAUAAAUUAUUUAAGUAAUGUUUACGAUCAUAACUCCAAGCGUAUUUUAAGAAAUAGGUGAAGAACUAACAUAAUGUUAAUUAAAACAGGACUUUUCCUAUGACUGUUUUGAAAUGUUCGAAAAAUGUGAACACCAAAUUGUUAUUUGUGCUAGUGAACUGGGGAAAAUUCACUUUAAUCAUCACAUUGUCAUUUGACAUAUCACUUUGCUAUUUCUUUAUGCUUUUUAACAUACUCUAUAAUCCAUGUAACAAAAUAAACUACUCAGCAAACUGCAUUCUACUAAUAAGAUAGACGAAAGUAACAGAACACAUGGCUUUGCAUACAGACUUUCUACCUGUAUUUUAGUAUAGUUUUACAAUGUAAGGUUAUUGUAACAUGUGUUAGUGUAAAUGUUAGGGUAAAAUGGUAGUUUUGGGACGCUCAUACUGCACCAGCUUUUUAAGAAAUGUAAAUGUCACAAGCAAGAUAUUUGAAGAGAUACAUAUACAAAUAUACUAAGACCCUAGAUUUUUUUAAUACACGGUAAUUCCAUAUUACUGUGGAGCUCUGAUUUUGAACAAUGCUACAAGGUAUAGCAGAAGAGUGUUAUUUUGUUUUGGGCUUCAUUAUUGGACAGUGUCGAUCAGAGCUUUUGGUGUGAUAACAAAACACAGCUGUAAAAUGGCACUUGAAAGCAGGAUGUAUCGUGGGGUAUUCUUUAACAUAUCUUCAAAGGAAUAUAAGAGUUUACUUUUGCCAUGGUAAUAAGGAGUAGUUCAUAAAAAUGCUGAUCAUAAGUAGAAUGCUUUUGCAUUGUCAUACAAUUCUAGCUAAAUUAACAGGGUACCAACAUGGCUCCUUAUGCAUUUACUAUAGUUCCUGCAACCUUAAGUAAGUUAAGAUAAAUGUACAGAAAGAUGUUUUAUCAAUAAUUUUAUAGUACUUCAAAGUUUUACAAAUUUGUUCUCUACUCAUUUUUUGUUUAAACUAUGGGUAUAAUCCAGUCACACUGCAGGAUUCUGUUAGGCUCAGUAGAGCCUUGAUUUACACAAAUCCCAAACAAGCAUAGGCAAGGAAGCGGCGUUGUAGGCAUAUGUAUGGACUUUCCAUUCAACCUAAUGCCUUUUGCACAGCCUCUACACACACAAUGGAGAAAGCAUGUCUCUAUGAACUAUUUGUGCAGGGGUGCUAGGCCCACACUGGACUGGAUUCUGCCAUGAAUGUAUGAUAUACAGUAACGAUAUUGGUUCCUGUAGCUUGUACCAUUUUUAAAAAGCCAAUGGCUUUGUAACAAAAGUUUCAUCUAAAUAAAGUAUUCUUUAUCUAC